AUGAUUCUCACUCGGAGUCUCGUACCUUCUCUUCUGUUCCUAUUCUUUUCCAUUCCAGGAAGUUCAGCUAGGAACCGGCCCAUCUCAGCGAGGACUGUAUACCAAGCUCCGGACAAUGGCUCUUGGUACGAGAACCUAGUCGUGGAGCCCUCCGGACAAUUGCUUGUCACCCGCCUCGAUGAAACCGAAGCGAACAUAUAUCGUGUUAAUCCCUGGAAAGGAACUGCUGAGAUUGCGUAUACAAUCCCCGAUGCGACCGGUUUACUGGGCAUCACUCGAGUUGAGGACCAUAAAUACCUUGUUGUGGCCGGGCAAUUCGAAGGCACCCCCCCCGGUUACCAUCCCCGACACUUUAUCGGUCUGGAAAAUAGACUUCCAGGGGAGACCAAAGGCUAGGCAGCUGGCUUCCUUUUCAGAUACCCUAUUGAAUGGCAUAACGAUGCUCGAACCGGAGAGUCAUAUUGCUCUCAUUGCCGAGAGCUCACAGGGUCUCAUAUAUGCCCUCGAUAUACGCACUGGCGAAUACCGUCUUUUCUUGGACGAUCCCGCUUUGAAAUCGCCUUUUCUCCCGGACUUCGCACCGAUCGGCAUAAAUGGCAUCCACAUGCGGGGACAGUAUGCCUAUUUCACGAACUCCUAUGCGGAAACGUUCAAUAAAGUCAAGGUGGACUUGAGGAAGGGGCAACCAGUCGGUUCAGUCGAAAUGAUACCAAUCGCAACCGUCGCAGACGGCUUUGAUUUGGCUGGCGAUGGCAAUGCUUACCUUUGCGGCUCUCACUUCCAACCAUGUCCUCAAGAUUGAUCAAAGUGGGCAAUCGGAGGUCGUUUAUGGCGCCCCUGGCAGCAUUGAGCUCGUGGGCCCAACGUCAGCCCAAUUCGAUGCAAGAGGGGAGGUUCUAUAUGUUGUUACGAGCGGAGGAGGGGCGAUGCCUGUAAAUGGAACAUAUACCGAGCCCGGAAAAAUCAUUGCAAUCACCGG